UCUUCACUUCGCACUUCGACCAGUAUGACUGUGGUCAGAAGUUGAAACGUUUGGUGAUCGCUCCAUCGCUCAUGAUCCCUGCCCAUCGAAAAGCUCAAGUUCAGUCGAGAGACACGCUGCUGGUAACAUCAUGAGGGGAACAUGGGUGGCGCCCUGGGAUCCUGCUCUCUCUGAGAUUACGACUGGGCUUUGGCCGUGCCCCCCUCCCGCGGUGCCUGGUGAGAUUGCCCUCCCAUAGAGGAAAUGGGAGAUCAUCAUCAGGUCAAAACUUCCUUCCUCUUCAUCCAACUGCAGUCGCCCGCCAAGGCCCGCCAGCAGCCGCGUCCUGCGAGCAGAGCCUGCCUGGCCACCUCAGAGGAAGGAUACCGCCGCAGCGUUUCAGCAGAAGGUCCAGGUCCAGGGCCAAGCCCGGAGCAGCAGAGCUCAGCAGAACGGUGUGGUGUUGUGGAUGCUCGGACCGCAGAGGCCUGUGGAAUCAGCCGAGAGAAACACCUUGAGGAAGGAAUCGGCAGGUCUUUGGCUGACUCCGCUCAGAGUGCCAGUGGCUAUACAUGCCUUCAUAUAGAUGAGGAGUGUGUGAGUUUGACGGAGGAGAAACCGACGCACCCGUCAGACGACACAAGGUGUCCCUCCGAGGUCCCUGUGUGGAUCUUGCGUGAAGAGAGCCCAGAUACCAUGAGUGGGGAGAGCCCACCUACACCCAGGGGGAGCACAUCCCCCAAAGUGCCCCCCAAACCGUCAACAGCUGCCCGCACCAGCUUCCUCUACCCGACGGGGACACACGAGUCUCAGAAUAUAACCCCAGAAGGAAAGCAGGCGGAAGAGACUAAGCCUAAGACCGUUUACCAGACCCCUGUCCAACCCACCAUGGGCACCAGUGUGUAUCGCUCCUCCAGUAACAGCUGGGUGCACAGCGCUAAGCACCACGAGGAGGCUGGCCACCAAACCAAGGCUCAGGCAGCCGGAGUACCCAGGAGCCCAGAGAGAGCUACAUUUUUGUCUGCCGUUAUACAGAGGUCUUCAAAGCUGUCUGGUGAUGCGUACAGGAAGUCUGUGAGCAAUCAGGACACCUCCAAACCAGCACCUGCUGCUACAGGGCCCUCUGUGAAGACCUCACCUCCCCCACCUCCAGUGCGUUCUACUGUUGCAGUUGGGGCUCAUACCAAACCUGCUCCAGUUACUCCAGUGAAGCAGUCCUCUGCAAAGAGCACCUCAAUGGACAAACGAGGCCCCAAGCCUCCCGUUCCCCCCAAGGCUGAAACAUUCGUUUGGGUCAACAACUCCUCACAUGCUCAAAGUGUCGCCAAGGCCAAAUACGAGUUUCUCUUUGGGAAGUCAGAGGAGUCGAGCUCUGUCACCACCGUGUCAACGACGGGAGCUGAGAUUCCACUAGAAAAGCAGGAAAGCAGCCCAAGUUUAGACCCCGAGCCGAGUCUGCAGGAUGACGGCGAGCUGGACGAGACGUCCCUCUUCCAGGAGAUCGAUCGCGAGCUGGCCAGCCUGCUGAGCGGCCUCAAGGCCAGGUGUCGGGAUGCGGGCGUGGACCCCCAGGACGACCUGGACGACAUCUCACCACAGGCCAACGCCGACAGCGGCCCCCGUCCCUUCCCCACUGCCAUGAUCCCCAACGGCCAACCGGCCACCACCGCGGGUCCCCAGAACGGCUGCUCCGAGCCGGGCCCGGCGGUAGCGGAGGAGGACGCCGGUGGCGAGCCAGGCUCGCUCCUGCAGCCGUCCGACAGCUUCAUACUGGACACGUGGGCGGAGGCGCUCGGGCAGGACUCGCUCUCGCUCAGCUCCGUCACGGAGGAGCUGCAUGCGCUGAGCGCAGGGCUGCUGGCUCUGGACGGCACCAGUGCCGCCGCCGCCAGCCAAGACAAACUCCUGCCGGCUCGCACAUCUGGAGACGAGACUUCGGUGGAAGUGGAAGGGAGACGGUCCUCGAGUGCGGAAACCCAAGCUCAGAUCGCGUCCCAGAUGAAAGCCGAUGUGGUGGCCCUGGACGCGUCGCUGGAGGAGUCCAGCAAGAUCCUGGCCGAGAUCCCGGGGAUCUUCACCGCCUUCCUGGACGGCGGCCAGUCGCAGUCGCGGGAGAAGCCCCCGAAGAAGCUGCGCUUUGUGGAGAGCCGGGAGGACGGCUCGCAGGGCUCGGGCAGCGGAGCCGUGAACGGGACCACCACGGGCGACGAGGGAUCGCACAGAGAGGAGGAGGAGGAGCGACAGAGGCGGCCGGGGCGGAACUCCUCGGGGACCUCGGGGGCCACGGAGAAGCCCCGUAUGGAGACGCUGGAGGACGAGGUGUUCAGGGCGCUCCCUGAGGUGUGUGUGCUCAGCCCGGAGAGCGAGUCCGCAUCGGAACACAGCUCAAGGAGCGGCGAAGGGGCCAAGUCUUCGGAGGCGGGGGCCAAGAAGUCGCAGGGCAGCGAAGAAGCCACCGACGUGUUCAGCUCGCAGUUCGAGAGCAUCGUGGAGUCGGACCGCCUGCGCAGCACGCUCUACAGCAGCCUGGACUCGCUGGACGCCCUGUCGUCGGCCGACGACGACCCCGACCCCGAGCCCAGCUUCACCUUUGACCUGCCGCUGACCCCCAUGAUCCAGCAGCGGCUCAAGGAGAGCGGCCACUUCCUGGACGGAGUCGCGCCGGACUUUGGCCGCCAGGAGGUUCUGAGCGUCACGGCGACCGGCAAGAGCGGGAAGGGCGCCCUGGAGGUGACCACGUCCUUUGUGGACGUGACGGACAGUGCGGACCGGACGUCCGUCUCCACGGAGACGGAGACCGCAUCGAGCAGACAUUCCAGUGACAAUUCUUCCGGAUCUGUGGCAAAUGGAGUGGUGGAGAACACGGGACAGGACUCAAAAGACUGGCUGCAGGGCUGCCUGAGGAGCGAUGCGGACCUGAAGGAGGCGCUGUCGGGCUGGGACUCGGACAUGGGCAGCACGGAGAGGCUGAAGGACAGCAACGACGCGCUCCACAACAGCAGCGGCGGCAGCGGCGGCAACCGCGGCGACCAAGAGGCCGCCAGGCGCCUGGCACGCCGGCUCUACCACUUGGAGGGCUUCCGCCGCUCGGACGUAGCCAAGCACCUGGGCAAGAAUAAUGAGUUCAGCAAGAUGGUGGCCGAAGAGUACCUCACUUUUUUUGAAUUUACAGGGAUGACAUUGGACCAAUCUCUCAGAACUUUUCUGAAAGCUUUUGCACUAAUGGGUGAAACCCAGGAAAGAGAGCGGGUUUUGAUCCACUUCUCCAAUAGGUACUAUCAAUGUAACCCCUCCAUCAUUGCCUCACAAGAUGGAGUGCAUUGCCUUACCUGUGCUUUGAUGCUGCUCAACACAGACCUUCAUGGCCAUAAUAUCGGGAAGAAGAUGACGUGUCAGGAAUUCAUCAAUAACUUGGAUGGGCUAAACGAAGGGCAAGAUUUCCCUCGAGAGCUCUUGAAGGCAUUGUACAACUCGAUCAAAAAUGAGAAACUGCAGUGGGCAAUUGAUGGUGACGAGUUGAAGAAGUCCUUGUCAGAGCUUGCUGACAACAAGACAGAAAAUGCCCACUCCAAGGGCAUCAGCAGAAUUGGCAGUGGCAGCAACCCAUUCCUUGACAUCGCACAUGACCCCAAUGCCGCUGUCUACAAAACAGGUUUCCUGGCCCGCAAAAUCCAUGCUGACAUGGAUGGGAAGAAAACACCUAGGGGGAAGCGUGGUUGGAAAACCUUUUAUGCCGUUCUCAAAGGAAUGAUCCUUUAUCUGCAAAAGGAUGAGUAUAAGCCUGAGAAGGCUUUGUCUGAGGAUGACCUGAAGAAUGCCAUCAGCGUGCACCACGCCCUGGCCAUCAAGGCUGAGGACUACGAGAAGAAGCCCAAUGUGCUGAAGCUCAAGACCGCCGACUGGAGGGUCUUCCUCUUUCAGGCGCAGAGCCCAGAGGAGAUGGAGUCCUGGAUCAAAACCGUCAACUCCGUGGCGGCCAUGUUCUCCGCCCCCUCGUUCCCAGCCGCUAUUGGCUCUCAGAAAAAGUUCAGUCGCCCGUUGCUGCCAGCAACCACCACAAGGAUGUCACAGGAGGAGCAGUUGAAAUCCCAUGAGGCCAAGCUGAAGCACAUCUCCACAGAGUUGGCUGAGCACAGAUCCUACCCACCAGACAAGAAGGUCAAAGCCAAGGAAAUAGACGAGUACCGAUUGAAAGAGCACUACCUGGAGUUUGAGGAGAAACGUUACGACAUGUAUGGGCAGCUCCUGAAGGACGGCGUGAAGGAGCUCCUGGCCGGUAAGGAGGCUGAAGCGGCCCUGAAGAAGUCCCAGUCCAGCCCCUCGCUCAACCAGGAGCCCCAGCCGGCCGGCGCCAAAGUCAAACGGAACACCUCCGAGAGGAAGGACUACCGGCCCGAGACCCCCAAAGUCACAUAGGAAGCUCCACCACGCUGUCCGUUCGAGAGCCAUUGGUAGCACUUUUCUGUGAAGGGCUACAUGUAAGGCCUAAUUUAACACCUUUUUACGAGCCAAUGCACGACCACCCUAAGACCAGUGGAAGGCCCUUGACAGGCGGUUGAUAGAGUCACUAGCUUUGAUAGUGUGACACGGCGUUGUGGGGAAGGCCUUUGAGUUUGUCGUUGCUCUACACACAUACACACACACUUGCACGUAUUCGCAAUUGCUCAGGUGCCUCUUAGGGCCCUGGUGUGUUGAUUCCAAAGGUGUUGUUUAGCUUUUAACGUGAACCCCCUUAAGGAAAGUGUUACCGAGCCAUUCUACACAACGUGUGAAUAUAUUUUGUGUAAUUUAUUUAUGAUCCCACAGUUGUGUACAAUGUAAAUGACUGAUAAUCGUCCUUAGAUUGACUGGUGCUUGUGUAGCGAUUUAUAUGGGGCAUAACCUACAUACAGUAAAUGUAGUCUCUUUUUUUAUUAUUAUUUGAGUGUUGUACAUGUUGCUGUUGUCAUUAUUGUAAUGUAAGUGUAAGAUUUAGUUGUGAGGCAUUCAACUGUCACUUUAUUUGUUCUCGCUGUGUUCCGUCCUUACCAACGCUCUCCCGAAAUCUGCCUUUAUUCAAGAGAAGAUAUUUUCUUGUAUUUUGAGUGGACUUGGUCCACCCUUAUAUCUUUGUAGGUAUUAGAUAUAGUCUUACUCCUAAGGUAAAUGGUUAUUUUAAAAUGUAGAUUAAGUGAAUGUUAUAAACAUUUAAACACACACAUACAGUAAUUAGAUCAUUGGUACAAUAUGGCUUGACCCAGAUUUUCUCCCAGCUGCUGGUUAGAGUUAUUCUUCAUUCCACCAGUCAAAACCUUGGAGAGAAAACGGCUGAUUAUUUUCAAUAAGCUCGUUGACACAAAAUGUCUCAAGCACAUUAGAUGGACCGGAAAGGCACAUGGACGAAGUUCCCAUUGCUAUUUCCUCUUAUUGGCAUUAUAGGGACCAUAUAGGCCUACGUCAAGACUUUUUUUUAAUUCUGUUAGUUAUAUAAGUGCCCCCACCACCAUCAGAUGUUCUAAUUCUAUUCUGCAACAGUUUCAAUUCAAUUUCAUAAAAAUGUAAACAGUUGAUGAUCACAUCACAUCUGUAAAUCACAUUUUAAUGAUCAGUUCUGGCAACUUUUCCCAACAGAACGGCAACAAAAUGUUUCUCACUCCUUGUUGCCGUUUCUAAAUGGUUUUGUCCUCUCUCUCUCUCUCUCUAUCUCUCUCCCUUUCUUUCUCUCUUUCUCGCUCCCUCUCUCAAAAGACGUUUAUUUUUACAUUACCAUAAUGCAGCAGGUUGUAAAUAAUCAGAAGUGAUUUUUUAAUGUUCCUAUGAACGGAACAGUAGAGAAAUGAAAGCCUUCAGAAUAGACCAAUUAGAUAGAAGAAGACAUAGAUACACGAUUAGUUCCAUUUUACAGGUAUGUUACAGUGGUUUCAAGGCUAUUCAAAGUCUCUUAUUUUAAGGAACGAUUAGGGGUACUUACAGAUAAUGGUUUUAAACGUUGUUCUGUCCUCAGAACGUGGCUGUGCACACUGCAAUGGCACUGUUGUGUUGCUAUCAACACCAGAGUUUCUGCAGGCAGGCCGUUUAUUUUUUUAUCUGUUGAGCUAAAGAAAUAUACUUCUGCUUUUUUGAGUAGUGUAAAUGCCAAUGCUACUUUUUGUGUAUUUUAUAAUCUUCUUAUAUUUGGAAUUUUUAAUUCUUGAGUUGAGAAUUGUAUUGUUGUAAAGAUAAGAAAUUAGUAUUUAUAGUGCACUUUAUGAAUUAGUUCUUUUGACUAUUUUAGAGCUUUAUAAGGGGUAGAGUGACGCAUUUUUUUUUUGUUUGUUUUUUUUUUGUUUUUUUAAACAACUCCACAGGUUUCUUUUUUCUUUUCUCAGGCUGCUCCCAAGCUUGUUUUGUUGAAGGUACAGAGCUGAGCGUACGAUUCUGUCAGCUCAACAUGUUAGUUUGUCAGUGGUUGUGUAGUUUUGCUGUCAUAGUUAGAUUGUGUAAUGACUACGUUUCCAGUAAGGAAACUAUUUACAGUGCUGUACAACAAUGAAAUAUUUGCAAAUUUUUUGCCUUUCUUUGUGAUGUCAAUAUAGAAUUGAAGUGUCAUUGAAAAUGUCCUCAGUCAGAGCUGACAUGGAAACACUGAUAUUUUAUUCUUUCCCAUCACAAACUGUAUUUCAGUCAUAUUUUCCUCACCAAAUAUGGUCUGUAUUUGAAGGUUUAAGUGUGUCAGGUGUGAGAUGUACAAUAUAUAACAAAGAAGGAACUGUAGGUUUCUGACAUACGCUUGAAAAUUGAGUAAUUUGGCUUGUUGGCAGAACGUGUGCUUGUUUACUUCAACAAAGCGUGUGUUGUAGAAAUUACACAAUAGUUAUUUGUUCUUCUCACGGUGUUAAACCAAUACAGCCAGGCAAAUGAACUGAGAACUUCUGAACGGAACAUCUAUAUCCAGGUGGCUUCAGUGUCACUAUCAGGAAUUUGUUUUCGACUCCGAUAUGCAUAUCCUAUGCUUGCACAGUGUUGCUGACACCACACUUUACUCUGUUGCCCCUUCCCUUGCCAUAGUAUACAAGGUUAGUGUAUGGCUUCAGCUUUGAAGCACUUAGAGUAACUUGCUUUUGUUCUUAUUUUUUUGUUGGUUUGUUUGUUUUGUUUGCUUGUGUGUUGCUUUGCCUAUGAGUACUAAAAGAAACUGACCCAACAAAACUAUACCCCAGCUGAAGAAGUCUGCCCAGUUUGCAUUUUUUUUUUUUUUUUUUCUCGUUUUGUUGUGUAUGUACUUUUAAACAUUUUGGUUUGUAUUUGUUGAUCAUUCAGAAACAUCUGACCAAAUUGUGCUUAUUGAUGCUUGGAUAUAUUGUACUUUUUGUAGUCUACCCCAUAGGACCCCCGCCAUCCUUCUAAAGAGUGAAGUUCAGUCUCCCGAUUUGUCCAGCAUGAACAGUUGUAGAUCAGCUGUUUCUCAUGCCUUUGUGAUACAUUUGCACAUUUUAGGAUUUUUGAUUUCACAUUUUGUUCUGUAAUGACACAAAAAACAGAAACGUGUGUACUCCCGUAUGUAGUGCAUGGACAUCUGAGUUCAAUUUAAUGGCAGAGACCCCCCCCCCCCCCCCCCCAAAAAAAAACACCAGAAUAGCUUUAUUAUUUAUGUUCUCAUUUGUAUUGCCUUAUUUAUCUUUUUGGACUGGAAUGAUUUAAUUUUUUUUAGUGGUAAAUUUCUUUGCAGGUGUACUAAUUUUGCACAUCCAUGUAAAGCAUCUUUUAUUGUCAAGUGAAAUAACCAUACCACACUUGGUUUUUUUUUAGUUUUGGUCAAACUGUUUUCAGUUUAAACCUUAUCGAUCCCCCUCAUUUCCCCCUCUGCAGACGCCACUGUUGGUAAUGAUCCCAAGCCGCUCGCUUACAUAUAUCACUCAACAAUAUCAAAUGUAGAGCCUAUGAAGUACAGUAGCUAUAUGCUGGACAUCUCAGAUUAGCAUCCACCAUGUUUGUUUGUUUGUUUGUUUGCUUUGAAGAAGGAAAGGGAGGGGGCUGAUGGGUUUUUUUUGGGGGGUGGGGGACGACAGCUGAAGUUGUACAGUAGGAACCAACAUCACUGGUAGACACUCACACAGUCCCCCCUACACCGCUGGUGGUCGCUCAGUAGACAUUGCACCUUAGCCUUCAGCAGGGGCUGUUAGUUCCUGCCACACAAACAGCAUCAAAAAGACUAUAUCUCUACAAAAGCUGUGAUCUUGUACAAUCCUUUAAUUCUGUAAAUGUUGUGACAUAUUAACUGUUGCCCUGUGUUGGAUAAGAAAAAAAACAAUUGGUUGAUUUGUGGGUUGUUGAAGUGAUGUCACUGGCAGUAAGCGUGUCUUACGCCCCUCAGCCAGAUUCAGGCGCUUGAUGCCGGCGUUACCAACUGUAGACGGUUUCAGUGAAUAAAACACAGUAUUUAAUUGAG